CCGGGCUGCCCGGGCUGCCCGGGCAGGCGGCCCCCAUCUCCGCGUCCCUUCCAGGCGAGGCCGAGGAAGGAGGCGCCUCCCGGUGCACGUGGAGACGGGGCCGCGGUGGGCAUGGCGCGCAGCGCGGGCCAGUGCCGCCACUACCAGCGCGGCUGCGAGCUGCAGGCCCCAUGCUGCAAUGUCUUCUACCCGUGCCGCCUGUGUCACGAUGACAAGGAGGACCACGCCAUGGACCGCUUCCAGGUGACCACUGUGCGCUGCUCGAGCUGCAGCUCCGUCCAGCAGGUGGGCAGGACGUGCACGCAGUGCGGCGUCGUGUUUGGCGAGUACUACUGCGACAUCUGCCACCUGUACGACCGCGACAAGCAGCAGUACCACUGCUCCUCUUGCGGAAUCUGCAGGAUCGGCCCAAGGGAGAACUUCUUCCACUGCUCUAAAUGCAACCUGUGUCUGCCCACCUCCCUCCACGACAAGCACAAGUGCGUGGAGAACGUGUCUCGGCAAAACUGCCCCGUGUGCAUGGAGGAUAUGCACACGUCCCGAGACGCUGCCAUGCCUCUGCCUUGUGGGCACCUCCUGCACAGUGCUUGCUUCAAGCAGACGCUGAGAUACAGUGCGUACCGCUGCCCGCUCUGCGCCCGAUCCAUGGUGCCCAUGAGCUCCGUGUGGAGCGACAUGGACGAGGAGGUGGCGCAGACGCCCAUGCCGGAGGAAUACCAGAAUCUCCUCCUGACGAUCCUGUGCAAUGACUGCUUGGAGCGCACCCGGGUGCUGUUCCACGUGCUGGGCCUGAAGUGCGACAAGUGCGGCUCCUACAACACCUGCCGCACCGAGGAGAAGGCAGUAGAGGCGAUGGUGGACAACCCCGAGUCUGCCUCCUGACACAUCUCCGUCUGGAGAUCAGGACCUCCUGACCUUCGACCUUAAAACGGAUGCCGACCACAGACAGGAGUGGGGCCUCAUUUUUUUACAUUUAAGAUUCAAAGAAACUUGUUGUAGCUUACUCUUUGGUUCUUUCGGUAAAGUCACGUAGUUUGAAAUAAAAUAAAUCACGACGUUUCGAUUGCCACACAAGCGGUUGUUAUCAGGCAAAGGAGUCGGCCUCUGCCGUGUUUCAGAUCUGCCUCGUGUUCGCGAACACGGUCCGAGACAUGUCGCAUCCCCAGCGUUUGGCAUUGUUGCUGCAUUGGCACUCGUGCACCGCCCGUGCUUCAUGUGUUGGUGCACUUGGGCUACGCCCGUCCCCAAACCCCUAUAAACAAUUUGCCUUUAGAGGCCGACUCCUUUGCCUGAUGACCGCUUGUGUUGCGAUCGAAAUGUCGUGAUUUUUAUUUCUAACUACGUGACUUUACCGAAAGACCCAAAAAGUAUGGAUUUCUGCAGUCACGACAGCUUCAAAUCAAGAUUGUUGUAGCUUUGUGGUUUUUUAUUUGCGGUAACACAUAAAUAAAACAAAUUCCAAGAAAA